CGCUGAAACAUACUGCAAGCAGCCAGCAGCUCCAUCCUUGCGAUGGGCGGCGCGCGGAAGGGACUGGAGGAGUUCAACCAAGCGCAGUCGCACGAUCGGAAGCUGCCUUACUAUGAAAGCUCUCCUUGAAGCUGCAUCCAGACAAGCCUGGCGGCUCCAACGACCAAUUUCAGGAGCUGAGCCGCGCAUACACCUGCCUCAGCAAUGAGGAGACCCGACGGAAGUAUGACGAGUGUGGGUUUGAUGAAGACAACAUCAGCACCACCGAGGUGGACCAGUUCGUGGACGCCUUCUUCGGCGAGACGGCGCGGGCCGUCGACGGACGGUCGCCGGAGUGGAACAUGGGGAAGAUCGAGAACUACGUGCGCAUUGAUCUCUCUGAAAUACCUCUGCACAUGCGGGAUAUCGUGCGCAUCGGCCUCCAGUACAUCGUCUCCUUGGAGCAUGACUUUGAGAACGUGGUCCUACUGCAACAUUCACGCGUGGACAUCCUGUACUUAAUGGUGGGGAUGCUUAGCGAUGGAGUGUUGACGCAGGAGGUCUUUGAGUCGGAACAGUCUUACACCAUCACCUACUACGACAACCCCCUCCAACCGGGCAUCGCGCCCCGCUGGAGCGAUCAAAACCGCCUCACCGGGCGCAGCCACGCGCAGCGUGAUGCGCAGCUGCCGCGCCGCGAGCUCAACGGCGAGGAGUUCCAACGUCGGAAGAAGAUCGCGCUGGCGAUGCUGCAAAACGGCCCUGCCGAUCCCAUGGCGGCCUUGGAGGAGAAAUACCGCAUGAGGAUGCUGGCGCAGCAGCAUGCACAGACGACCGCCCUCACUGCAGACAAGGAUUGGUCCAUGACUCAAGAUGUCUAUGAGGAAGAUGCUGAGCUUGACUGUAACAAGUAUGCCAACUUCCUCGCUCAGAACAAGAGACCUGAUGAGACCGUCGAGCCACAGGUCGACUUCCAAGCCACCAGCUGUUGGGAUGGCCUCUUUGUGCUUUGGGCCGCGUUGACGCAACGCGUCUCGACGACCUCCAAAGCGCAAGACUUGUGACGCGUGGAGGUUUGUGAGUUGCGUCCUCCCUAUAGGAUUCGAUGCAUCAUUGAAUUCUGCAAGUGGUCGAACAGAAGGCGAACGGCCGAACUUCUUCAGCGCCGCCGGGGGCCCUUCCCCGGCGAAACACGCUCCGCUCUUCGCCGUGUGCGAAAAAGGGGG